GCGCGAUUUUGGUCAACCAAGCAAUGUCCAGCGAUCUUCCGCCACGAUCCAAAGAGAAAUCGACUUUUGUCACGCCGGCCGAUGUCCAGCGCGAAAUUAAACAAGAGCUACCAGAAAACGACGUACGCAAUGGACAUCGCAAGGGCAUUGAGGAGCGGAUCGCUCUUCAUGGCGCUGUAGAUGUUCAAACGGGUAGCAAUCCAAUUGAAGAGACGAGACGAGUCGAGAAGAAGAAGAUGACGAUGAAAUUAGAGCUGGCAAAGAUCGACUCCGACAUGGUCAGAACGCGCUCCGCCAUGAGAGAGACGAAAUCGGACAUGGCCCGCAUGCAAGCCAACAUCGCACUCCUGAAAGCCAUCUCGGAGACGCGGAAUGCCGAAAAUCGUCGCCUGAAGCAG